AUGGCGUCAAAUAAUCAGUCAUCAGUGACUGAGUUCAUUUUAAAAAGUUUCUCUGAAAAUCCUCAGUUUCAGAUCUUUAUCUUCAGCCUCUUCUUAGGACUUUUCAUAGUGGCUUUCACAGGUAACUCACUCAUUAUUGCUGUGAUCAGUCUAAAUCCAGGCCUCCAUACUCCCAUGUACUUUUUCCUUAUAAAUUUGGCCUUGAUGGAUAUUCUCUCCAUUGCCACUGUGGUGCCCAAGUUGCUACAGAACUUAAUGACUGAGAAUACCAUUUCCUAUGGUGGCUGCAUAGCUCAAAUAUAUUUCCUAACUUGGUGUUUGGGGGCUGAGCUCUUGCUUUUCACAGCUAUGGCCUUUGACCGGUACGCAGCCAUCUGUCAACCCCUCCACUACAACACUAUGAUGAACAAGGCAGUUUGCUGUCUAUUAGCAUCUGCAGCAUGGGCUUUCAGCGGGACCAAUACAACCAUCAACACUAUCAUGACUGUACGCUUGUCUUUCUGUGGACCCAAUGCCAUUGAUCAUUUCUUUUGUGAGAUUCCUCCAUUAUUGCCUCUCUCCUGCUCCCCAACUUACAUCAAUAAUACAAUGACAUUUGUCGCGGAUAUGUUCUUUGCUAUUAUCAAUUUUCUAUUUAUCUUAUUGUCCUAUGGCUUCAUCAUUUCCAGCAUCCUGAAAAUCCAGACAAGGGAAGGGAAGAAGAAAGCAUUUUCUACUUGUUCUUCCCAUCUGAUUGUGGUCACUAUGUAUUAUUGCACUAUAAUUUACAUCUACAUUCUUCCUGCUAUGGGUCAGUCUCUGAAUGAAGGUAAACUAGCUUCAGUGUUUUAUGCCAUAGUGAGCCCAGCCUUAAAUCCUCUGAUCUACUCCCUGAGAAAUAAGGAUGUGAAAAUAGCACUCAAGAAAUUAUGUCCUUUCUUUAGAAAAUAA